AUGGCUCACGGGCUCGGUGCGCUGAUGCUCAAGUGCGUGGUGGUCGGCGACGGGGCAUUGGGCAAGACGUGCCUACUCAUGAGCUAUGCCAACGACGCCUUCCCGGAGGAGUACGUGCCCACCAUCUUCGACCACUAUGCAGUUAGCGUCACUGUGGGGUGCAAGCAGUACCUCCUGGGACUUUAUGACACGGCCGGACAGGAAGACUAUGACCGCCUGAGGCCUUUAUCCUAUCCCAUGACUGAUGUCUUUCUUAUAUGCUUCUCUGUGGUAAAUCCAGCCUCAUUUCAAAAUGUGAAAGAGGAGUGGGUACCGGAACUUAAGGAAUAUGCACCAAAUGUACCCUUUUUAUUAAUAGGAACUCAGAUUGAUCUCCGAGAUGACCCCAGAAUUUUAGCAAGACUGAAUGACAUGAAAGAAAAACCUAUAUGUGUGGAACAAGGACAGAAACUAGCAAGAGGAGCAUGCUGCUAUGUGGAAUGUUCAGCUUUAACCCAGAAGGGAUUGAAGACUGUUUUUGAUGAGGCUAUCAUAGCCAUUUUAACUCCAAAGAAACACACAGUAAAAAAAAGAAUAGGAUCAAGAUGUAUAAAUUGUUGUUUGAUUACGUGAGAAACAUCUUUAGUGGCCAAGGGAACUGUCUUAUUUCUCUCAGAAAGCAUACGAAUGCUACAAUUAUUCUCAGACCUCUUCUAGAUACUGAAGCAGUUUAAAACUUCAGGGGAAGAAACUCAAAAAACUGCCCUCAGAAUUCUAUACAGUUAAGAAUGUUUCUUAAAGGUCUAAGAAGCAGCAAACAGCAUCUGAAGCCACAAUCUAUUAUAAAUACUUUAUUUCAACUAGAAGGUACAAUCUCUCAGGGAUUUCAUAGUUUAAAAAGCUACAAUCACAUCAUGUAACUCAUUUGAAAAAAAAAAGUGCUGUAAAUGGAACUGCUUGGCUUUGACCAUAAAUAUUUCUGCACAGUCUUUAUGGAAUCUGCACAAAGAAGUAUCUUCUCCCUUUGCUCCAACUAAUUGUUCUUAUAUGUAAGUCACUUUCUAUUCCAGUAUAUCCAGAGUGGUGAAGUAACAAGGCCAGCCACAUAGCCAAAGGUUGCUCCAAGCGUACAGGAGAUGGGCCAUACCUGAGGACGGAAUGUAUGAGAUCAAA